AGAACAUCAAUUCAGCACUGUAACGGCWGAACAGAUCUGUUGUGGCUCGCUGGCUGUGUUUGCAGAUGUGAAACCAACUGGGUCAGACGAUGUGUGGACCCGUCCUCCCCCUGUGCCUGCUGCUGUGGAUCCUGCGAGCAACACAAGUUUUUUCUACAGGUGUAGCAGCUGAGGUCCAAACCCAGCAGACGGUGUCAGCAGCWCUGGGAAAAGAUGCCACUCUCGGCUGCCAGCUCCUAGAAACUAAAGUUGUCUCGCAGGUCACCUGGCAGAAGGUCUCGGGGAACACAGAGAAGAAUAUCGGCGCUUACUCCGAGAGAUUUGGUUCAUCAGUGUAUCCAGAAUAUAAAGGCAAAAUUCAGUUUACGGAAGCUGGAUCGCAGAAGAACUCCAUAGUUAUCAGGAACGUCACAGAUCAGGAUGCAGGAUGUUAUCUCUGUCUGUUCUCCACCUUCCCUGACGGAAAUCUGAUAGGGAGAACCUGCCUGAAGGUUCAUGAGGCGUCGGAUGGCUUUCUAUUGCUGCAGCAGUGGCAGCCUGGAAUUUUUUCCUGUCCUGCGUGGAAUAGGAAUAAAAAAAUAACCUUCAAAGGACGCCAGAGAAAAUGGUUGCUACACUGGACAUCAAGGAGGACCUGACCAAAGCAGCUGAAGAAGAAGAACUCUACUUUGACCAUUAGUGGAACAAGCCAGACUUUCCUUCUUGAUCGAACWGCAGCUCUUUCCUAAUGACACUGUAAUAAAAGAAUGCAGGAAUACCUGACAGGCAGCGUUCAAGGACA